AUGACAGACGCCAACAAGCUGAUCAUCAACCUGGCCCUCUUUGGCAUGACUCAGAGCGGGAAAAGUUCUGCUGGGAACAUUCUGCUGGGAAGCACUGACUUCUACAGCGGCUUUGCUCCGUGCUCUGUGACCCAAGACUGCAGCCUGGGACGCAGCUGUCAUCUCCAUGGAUUCAUUCGCCGAAGGGGUCAAGAGGUAACCCUGCAGGUCCAGGUGCUGGACACUCCAGGUUAUCCACACAGCAGGCUGAGUGAGAAGCAUGUGAAACAGGAGGUUAGCGACGCUCUGGCACGUCACUUUGGGCAAGAGGGUCUCCAUCUUGCAUUGCUAGUUCAGAGAGCAGACGUGCCUUUCUGUGGACAGGAAGCAGCUUACCCAGUCCAGAUGAUCCAGGAAAUUCUGGGACAUGACUGGAAGAAUUACACUGCUGUUCUUUUUACCCAUGCAGAAAAAAUAGAAGAGGCUGGAUUCAAUGAAGACAAAUAUUUACACGAGGCCUCUGAUACACUCCUAACACUGCUAAAUUCUGUUCAGCACAAAUAUGUUUUCCAGUAUAAAAAAGGAAAGUCACUUAAUGAACAAAGAAUACAAAUCUUAGAAAGAAUUAUGGAAUUUAUAAAAGAGAAUAGUUACCAAGUUCUUACCUUUAAAUAA